AGCUCAUUAGCAUGAAUGAGUAACUCCCCAGGAGGAGCCCAGGGAAAAGGCACAGCAGCAGCCAUAUUAGCAGCGACUGACUCCCUGGAAAGUUUGCAGUUUGCUGCGCUGUGCGUCUUUGUAGCAGCGACUAUGAGUUCCAAGGAGCCCGCAUCCGCCCCGGUGGAGAAGUACAAGUUGGUGGUGGUUGGGGGAGGAGGUGUGGGCAAAAGUGCCCUGACUAUCCAGUUCAUCCAGUCCUAUUUUGUUUCGGAUUAUGACCCGACCAUUGAAGAUUCUUAUACAAAAAUUUGUUCAAUCGAUGGAAAGCAAACAAGGCUUGACAUUUUGGACACAGCCGGACAAGAAGAGUUUGGAGCAAUGAGGGAACAGUACAUGCGGACAGGAGAGGGUUUUCUCUUGAUCUUUGCAAUCAAUGACAGAGGAAGCUUUAAUGAAAUGAGCAAGUUUCACACUCAGAUUCUCCGUGUCAAAGACAGAGAUGAGUUUCCCAUGAUUCUGGUCGGCAAUAAAGCAGAUCUGGACCUGCAGAGACAGGUAACCAAAGAGGAAGCGCUCAGCUUUGCACGGGAAAAUCGAAUUCCUUAUAUGGAGGCCUCUGCUAAAAUCCGACUAAAUGUGGAUGAGUCUUUCCAUGAACUCGUCAGAGCGAUCAGGAAAUUUCAAGAGCUGGAGUGCCCUCCCACCCCUGCAGUCAAUCCGAAGAAAAAGGAUUCCAAAAGUUGCCCUUGUGUCAUCCUGUAACUCUAUAUUGCGGGGAACGCUGAGGGUCGGCACAGGAGUACCAGUGGAGGGGAUUCGGACAACUCGAGGAAUACAAGGCAUUGCUCUUGCAGCCAAGCUCUACAUAAACGGUCCACUUCAGCCAACGCAUCACGGCAGACCUGGAAUCUACAUCAAAGUGCCAAAUUCUUUAUUCUCGCCAUCACGCAGCAGUCACACCUGCUGGCCCAGCCAACGGAGCUGAUGGCCUCCUCUGACGACUGAGCGGCCCCCACCCCCAUGUUUAUAGAGGGGUGGAGCUUUCUUUGCUACUUAAGAGAAGAGGCAGUUUGCACACACACUCCCUUCCGUUGUGCUGAUGCUUUUAUGUUUCUCUAUACUGGGAUCUGCAUGUAAAUAUAUAUUCUGUAUAUAUAUUUUAUAUAUAUUUUUUAUGUUCUCAUAUAUUAGUACUCUGUGAGCUGAUUGUAAGCAGGACGGUGCAGUUUGGAAAGUCUUACCUUGGGACUGUUUUUUGUUUUUUUUUUAAGCUCAGGUGUCGUCAAACUGUUGUGCACUACAGUUCCCAGGAUGCAUCUGGGUAGGAACACUGGGAGUCUGUAGUUCACAGCAACUGAAGGCAGGGCUGUCUUUGGCUGUAUGUCCCAUCAACACUAAACCAGUAGGACAGAUGCAUUCCUGUCACCAUCUUGCCCUUCCAUUCCUAUUUACGACUAUUCCUUAACUGGGCUCCACAACAUACAGGACCUCAGGCCAACAUGUUUUGAUUUUGAUUCCCUGCUUUGGCUAAACCAGCAAAACUCCAUUUACUUCCCAUUAUGACAUUUCCUGAACUAGUACUAUUAGGUGCAAACCUACUAGCGUUGGCAAAAUAUUAAAUCAGUGCCUCUGCCAUUUUUAACAGUAUAAGGGAAAUGACAGGGCCUUGAGCACCCAUUUACACCAGAUCAGUUUAGAAACAGGAAGCUCCUGUUGUCAUAGAGACAUUCUACUGCAGCAGUGCAUCAUGGGAACCCUCUCCCAGACAUCUUGUUUUAUAUUAUGAAGGGUGCUGUCUGGGAAAGAAUUAGGUCAUACAAUGUCCGUUUUCCACCUAAUUCUGUUGUAGCAGCUCCUCCUGAGAUAUUGGCCUAAAAAUUCCCCAGGCAACAGUCACAUUUGCUCAUCUGUUUGUUUGCUAGGCUUGUGGUCAAUAUAUUUAAAAAAAUAAGUAAAGUCAUUUGCUCACGACAGACCUUCCUCUUCCUUAUACAGUCAGUAUAUUAUUAAAGUAGCUUAAAACUCUGAAAAGAAUAACACAAAACAUGGAAACCUGUUUGAAGGUUAAAAAAAUAGAACCAAAGAACAUUUCCGUGAUUACUAUACCGGUGCUAAAACUGUAGCGUAACCAGACACUCCUUGCUUAUUACUCCCCAAUAUCGUUCAACAGCACAGUCUGUUGGGCAAAAUGAGAGGAAGCAGUCUGGGCUAUACAGCUGGUAGUAUGGCAGCCACUUGUGUAUAAAUACGAUUUUGCCAUGGUUUCAAAAAAGCAAAUAGAUUUUUUUUUAUUUUAUUUAAUUUUGAAAUCUAUCAUGGGUCUAGACAUAUUGUUAGUUUCUCAGGUACCCUCAAUCGUGUGACUUGUGCUCUGUUGCACUGCAAGUUGGAGUGAUAUCACCCUCCAGCCCCACCCCAGAAUAUUGGGAAGGUAACCAAAUAACAGUGACACAAGAUAACAGCUUCCUGAUCGAUAUGAGUUUAAACUUCAUAGUAAAAAUCCCACCAGUUACAUAGAGUAGGAGAAACAAUAGCUUAUCUGAAAGCAGUUCUGUUGUAAAGUGCUGGCUCUAAAAGCACAAAAUCAAGCGCAAUGACACCAAUAUUACAGCUAUCAAAAUACACUUGUUGUUUCAGGAAUAACAUGUUAUAUGGUAGAGUGAAUUAUUUAUAAUAUAAACAAUGUAUUUUAGAAAUAAAAACUACACCAUAAAAAUCAUGAGAGAAUCCCUUUAAGAAAAGAAAACGUAGAACACAGGGGUUGUUUUAUCAUUAAAUAUGGAGUCUGCUGAAGCCUUUAUAAAGCCAAGGGUGAGGCUGGUAGCACUGUUCUGUUAAUUGCAUUGUAGCUUCCAGUCUCUUUCAGCCCAAUUAGCCUCAUCAGGUUCUAACAUGUACUGACAUAUGAAUUCAGCUCUUUCUGAACUAUAAUCCUCAACCUUGUAGGGCAUCCCGUGACCAAAAGCAAGAGAAUUCUAUAUGAAUACAUAUAUUUACACAGCGCAUGUCGUACUGCAUUUCUGUUUAUAACUAGAUCAUAGGAAUGUAAUUAUCCACUUUAAAGGAAAAGUAAUUGACUGUGCAUAAACAUUGGCUGAGAUCAAAGGCAGACCAGCUGUUUCCUGUAAUGUGUCCUGUUUAUUCAUUGGUAGAAUUUACCAAGAGGCACAAACCUGUGUGUUUUUAUUCCUGCCAUAUAGUUCCUUGGCCACCGCCAAAUUCUUUACAGGCUUGAACGUCUGUGUUCAAAGGCUGCUGUCGCUUGUUCAUACAAUUUAUUUGUUAUUAAAAACUGUGCUGUUUUGAGAAGGAGAUCAGAGAAUUCUCCAUAUCUUCGUAAAGCUGAAAGGAAAACUUUGCAUGUAAACUGUUUUGUUGGCUGGUUUUCAUGCCUUUGGUAAAAUGUACCAUCCCUAUAUUUAGGGUGUACCAUCUUUAUAAGUGACCAGUCUCCAGUGUUUUUCUCCUCUUUACAGUAGCCAUAUAAAGAGGCACAGGAGCAUAGUGCAAGAAUGCAACGAAUUGCACCUACAUUGCCAACUACUGAUGGCUACAUGUUGUGGCCCUUUGACUCAACUUGCGGUUUUAUCAGCCGUUGACAUCAGUCCCUGGCACAAAUAUGCCCAGUGUUGGUAAAUGAUCCUUAAUGUCUCAGGCCAGCAGGACACAGCCUUUCUUUCUACUCCCCAUAGCCCUCCCAUUGUGUUAUAAUUCUCUUUUACAAGAAGCAGCAUACUGGUCACUGGGGCAGUGUUAAAGGGCACCAGCAAUAUUACCAGGGCUAGAAGGUUUACUGUAAAAUUACAUAACACUAAAAGGGCUCUUACACACAGUCUAUUCACAUGCCCACUGAACACAUAAAAUGCUUAUAUAUAUUGUCUUAUCUAUGUACCUUUGUUAAUGCAAGUAAGUGCAUUUUUGUGUGUUCCUCUAUUUUAUAUGCUGCACAGGCAUCAACGAGUUGAGAAUACACUGUAAAAAAUACAGUGGAAUGCUACUCUGCAGAUAUGACUGCUUGUGAGUUGAACCAAGCAGAAUAAAACUGACUGCGUUUGCUUGUUCAAGUGCUCUUAAAGUCACGUCUCAAACACACAAAAAUAAUAAUGCCAGUGUAUAAGGGCCCUAAUGUAAAUAGGAUUCUACAAAAAAAAAACAAUAUGAAUGUGCCUUUAAUUCUUCAGAAUUUAAGUAUCUUUUAUGCCUCUGUAAGGCGCCAUUUUAUAUUUAAAGGGGUAGCUCACCUUAAAAUGAACUUUGUAUGAAUGAAGAAAGUGGUUCGUUUGUAAUUAGUCUUAAUUUUUAAAAUGCUUACAUAUUUCUACAACCAGCUAUCUGGUUGCUAGGGCUUAAUUACCUGACUAAACAGGCAGCAGUAUGGGAUUCAGAAUGGAAGAUGAUUAGGAGAUGAUUUGCAAUGAAAUAUUAAGGAAUAAAAUGGACUCCACAUUAAAUGUUUUUUUUUUUUGGUUGCUGACGUCAAUGCUCUCUUCUGUCAUUUGCAGGCUGGAAAUAGGUAGGGUAGGAAGGCUAAUGCUUCAAAGGCAAUACAGGUGAAACCUAUUAUACAGAAAGCUCCAAAUUACAGAAAGUCUGUCUCCCAUAUAAUCAAAUAAUCCUAAUUUUUUUAAAAAAUGUCCUUUUUCUCUGUAAUAAUAAAACAGUACAUUGUACUUGAUCCAAACUAAGAUAUAAUGAAUCCUUAUUGGAAGCAAAACCAGUUUAUUGGGGUUCUUUAAGGUUUAAAUUAUUUUCCAAUAGACUUAAGGUAUGAAGAUCCAAAUUACAGAAAGAUCCAUUAUCCAGAAAACCCAAGGUCCCAAGCAUUCUGAAUAACAGGUUCCAUAUCUGUACAAACUAAAUAAUGAAGACUAAUUGAAAAGUUGCUUAGAAGAGAGGUUUAUUUAAAGGUGAACAUCCCCUUUAAACUGCAGUUUCUGGUUUUAUGGAAAACGGAUAACACCAUAAUUUGGAGGAUUUUCGAGAAGAAAUGUUUUAUUUUGUAUUGUUAAAAGAACUAUUUGCUUAUGGUACUAUGCUCACAUCUAUUAUCAUUCAAGUGAAAAUCACUGCACAAUUGUAGGAAAUAAAAUAAAAAAAUGUUUUUGCA